GAAUUAAGGAAUUUUUUUUUUAUAUGUUGUUAAUUUAAAAGUUAAAGCAUUCCUUUGAGUAAAAUUCAACUGAAUGUCAGUGAAAAAUUUUUAUUAUAUUUUUUUACAAUACAAAAAAUUUUUUCUCGCAUAGCGUAUAUUUUAAAUUAAUUUCUUCUUAAGGCCAAAUUGGAAGCGAAACUUAGUUUAAAACAAAACAAAUUUCAAUACCAAAAAAAAUUUUGCAGAAAUGGAUGUUUCGCCAAGCAGAAAUAGUGCAGGCAGUGACGGCAAACUCGUAUCAAACUCAUUACCGCCUGGUCGUAAGGAUCUAUCCAAAUCCAUACCUAAAUUAACUGGUGAACUAAUUUUCAAGCAAAAGAACGAGUCCACGAAACCGCCACCAGCAACGGAGGUUAUAGCAGUCGAGGGUUCCGCCAAUGUUACCAGCAGCAGCAAUACCAUAACUCUCGAACCCACACCCGUUCCCACGCUCACCAGCGCUACCGAAAGCAAACCGCACUUAGCUAGAUCAAAAACUUUGGCGUCUGCGCAAAAUACCGUAUACACGAAAAUACCCAUGAAGCGCGCGACCGGUACCAGUGCAACCACAAAGACCGUAAUUACGCCCCGAUACAAUCAACGUCAACAAAUGCGUUCUGCCUCUAAGAUCAGUUUGACCAUCAAAGAGUUGGGUGGCGGUGGCACGAAAGUAGACUCCAAUGUUUCCAAAUUGAGUUUUAAGGCGAAUACCUCAACGAAUCUGAAGCCGCCUUCACACUUGAAAGCGCAAACCACGCGCGGCAAUGUAGGCGCUAGAAUUUCGAAGAGGAGCGGUAGGAGCAUGACGCAUUCAAUACAACCGAAGUACGUUUGUUCACAGUUUCUUCUUUAUCCCCCACUCUUAGGCAGCACCAUUUCCUGCCACAGUAACAGUGAAAUUCGAAAAGGUGACGAACCGCUACAGCAGCUCACCAAAAUUAGCUCAUCUGCCGGCGAUCACGAAAGCAGUGGUAGUGGACAAAUACUGAGCGCGCGCGAACGCGUUGCUGAGAAUAAUAAACUCAAGGUAUUCGAGGGCCUACAGCGCAAGUUACAAGACAUGCAAACAGAUUUUAUGCUGAAGUUCGAGACGCUCAAGUUGACAUCGCCCGAUAAAUUGAAGGCAGAUUAUAAAUUCAUAACAAUGGUUAAGAAUGAUGAAUACAAGUUAUUGCUGAAGGAGGAUCACAUGUUGAAGAUGCCAAAGAAGUUGCCGGCGGACUCUGUGAACGAUUUCAAAGAAAAAGUACGCGCCGCAGUGAAUGGUUGCCUUAUGUGCCUGAUGGAUAACCUAAAGGAGCUGCAAUCGGCGAAGGGUGAAGGGGCAGAGCGUACGCUGAAUUUGGAAGAAACGCAUAAUAAGUUGGAAAACGAUCAGUGUAAAAAAUUGCAUGAUCUUUUUGAGUGCGUGAAUUCGUUAGCCAAUGCCAGGGAUACCGAGAUGGAUGCGCAGAUUGUUAGAAUGCAGAAGGAAAUACAGGAGGGCAGAAAAGCUCUACAACUGUCCGAGAAGCGUUUAGCCGAAAUAAAAGCUGUACACACGGAGGAAUUAGAAGCUUUGCAGAAAGAGUUAAAGGAAAAGACUGAUGCCGAUGUAGCGAAGCGGGAAACGCAAAUUGCUGAGUUGAAUCGAAAGCUGCGCAGUUUAGAGAAACAACAUGACAAAUUGAAAACCACAUUACAACAGAAUACUGAAGAGUGUACCCACGAACAUACCGAGAAGGCGAAACUUUUGGAUGAACUUAAAAGCUGUAAGGAAAGUAUUCAGGCUCUCAAUAAGAAAUUAACACACGCUGAAAGCCAAUUGAAUCACGAAAAGAAAGAUAAGCACGAUAAAAACGAAAUCAUACAAAAACUGGAAGUCGACCUUGAUAAGGCCAAGAGGGAAAUAGAAGAAGCACUGCAAGCGAAACCACAACCUGAGCAACCGCAUCAUGAAAAGGAACUCAAAAAGGAGAUACAUAAAUUAAAAGGAAAAAUAGAGACAUUGGAAAAAGAGAAGCAAGAAUUUGUAGAACAGGAGUUGAUGCUGCAGGAGAAAGUUACUGCUAUGGAUAAGUUACGGAAUAAGAUCGCUGAACUGGAGGAACGUAAUCGAGAAUUAUUGGAACGCGAAAAAAUCGCAGAAGAAAAUACAGAGCUGCCCAAGGAAAACAAGGCAGAGGUAAGCUCAACGCAUAUUCCAACGAAGUUUGACAUCAAUUGUGUGCUACUUAAUAUACAGCUCCAACGACUGUUGCAAUCUGAGGCCGAAAAGCAUCGAGAAAUCGAUAAGCUCAAAACGGAACUAACCAAGGCGCUCUUCAAUAUGGAACAGCUGGAGGAACAGAUCCGUCGCGAUCAACAGCUACUCGAAGUGCGUAGCGAAUUGAUUAAUUCGCUGCAAACGAACGACAAUAGUCAACGCAUUCAUUUGGAACAAAUGUUCGUAGAGGUUGGCGAAAAGAAUAGUACCAUCAAUGAGGUAUGGUUGAACAAUGAGUUGCGUACAAAAUCUGAGGAAUUUCACAAUCUCUUCAGCACCUUAAGUAACAAGCAAAUGGAGCUGUCGCGUCAGGAGCAUAUGAUUAAGUUGUUGGAGGAGAGUAAUGAGCGUAGUCAGAUGUUGCGGGUGAAGCAGGAGGAGAAAAUUGGGCGUAUGGAAGAGGAGAUUGCGCAUUUGAAGCAAACAAUCGCCAUCUACCAACACAACGUCCUUGGCAAUGCCGGCUGCAAGAAUCUCAUCUAUCAACCUAUCGCCGGAUCGGAUGAUUACAAUGAGAACCUCUACUAUUACACCAGUGAACGGCGACGAAAACGACAGGUCGACAUCAAUGUGAAGAAAUAUGAAACCUAGAAGGGAAAAGUUUAACAACAAAAAAAUGCAUAAUUAUAAAUUAACGAACAGCAAUCGAUGUGCUCUGUCCUUUGCAGAAAGGAUAUUGUUAGAAGGAAUGUUAUUGUUGAGGGACUGUGUCAGUAUGUACUAUUUUUUGCUUUUGAGUUUUGAUAGGUGUGUAACUGUAUAACAUACAUAUAUAUUACAUUUGUGUGUAACUGUAAAUUUAUAUACUAAAUACGAGGCACUAGGAAGCCGGGCCUACUUUUGGCUCUUAAAAAUUAUUGAAUGCAUACUACAA